UUAAAAACUUUGAUAAAAAUAUAAAUUUAAUAUAAUGUAAAUUAUACAUAUCAUAUUUUCUUGCUGAGACUGAAUUGGUGAUGAUACAUAUUAACAACAAAUAAAUCUUGGCGGGAUCCUCCUUUUGGGAUUCAAGGAACAUUAAAGAAUGGUGAAUUUGUGGGGCUGGCGAUCUAUUUCCCCACCGGAACUAUGGUGUCGCACUGUUUCUCCAUCAAACUAUUGCCUCGUUUCAUUUCCCCACCAAACGAAAGUUAAAUAUCUAUAUACCCACCAUAUCAAAGUUAAAUAUCUCUUUCCCCACCUGACAAAAGUUAAACACUCAAAUCCACAUAAAACCUUGUUUAGUUGGUUAAUUAGUUUGGUUAAGACGGGUUAGUAAUACCGAAUCUCGACUUAACCGAACUUAAUUAUUUUUAACCCGACUUAACCAUCCUAAUCUAUCUAAACCCAAAAAAUCCCCAAAUCAAAAACCCAAGAACCCUAGAACGUGAAAUAGAGAGAGUGGGAGAGAAUUCCUGAGAAAAAACAACAGGAAAUCGAUUGAAUUCGUGUUUACCAUGUCUGUAGUACCUAUAAUCGGCGAAGGAGAGUUCGAAAUUGAUGAUGAAGAAGUUGAGCGAGAAGAGUUUGAACUCGACGAAUUGUUGCGAAAUUUCGUGAGUGAGCCGCCAAUUCAGCAUGACGUCUUGCCUGAGAGUGAUGAAGAUAAUGAGGAAGAAGAAGAUCCUGAAGCCCCACAGAGAAUGAGGACGCAUAUACGCCGUGGUGAUGGGCAUUUGUACCGAGACCAGACAUUCUUCAAUGGUGUGGCUUUCAAAGACAGAGUCCUCGAUUAUGCUCUUAGGACUCGCUGCAAUAUCAGACAAUACAGGUAUGAUAAGGAUAAGCUUGGUUUCGAAUGUGCUGGUCAUGGUGAGAAUGAUGAAGCUUGUGGCUGGAAAAUUUAUGCUUCGAUCCUUCCGAAGGAUAAAAUUUGGAGAGUUAGGUUGUUUGUAGAUAACCACACAUGUGAGGUUAAUGGAGAGUGUGAGAUGGUGAAGGUCCCUGUGAUAGCUAGGUUGUUUGUGAACAAGAUCCGUGAAGAGCCGACAUACUAUAUGCCUAUGAAGAUCGAGGAAUUGAUCAUGGCAAAUUGGUCUAUUAGUGUGUCUAGGCCUCAGUGUCAAGCUGGUAGGAAUAAAGCUUUGAAGUGGAUUAAGAGUGAACAUGAUCAACAGUUUGCACGCCUUAAAGAUUAUGCUGCCGAGAUAGUAGAAUCAAAUCCUGGUUCUUCUGUUGAAGUAGACACGUUCCAGAAUGAUGAAGGUCAAGAUGUCUUCAAUCGGAUCUAUAUUUGCUUUGGCGCCCUCAGGAAUACUUGGAAGGAGAGUUGUAGGCCAUUGAUAGGACUUGAUGGUUGCUUCCUCAAAGAAAGAAUCAAGGGACAGUUAUUGGUUGCUUUAGGUAGAGAUGCAAACAAUGCAAUUUAUCCAAUAGCUUGGGCUGUUGUAAAGGUGGAAAAUAACGAGAAUUGGCAAUGGUUUAUGCAAAAACUGAAGGUUGAUUUGGAUCUAAAGGAUGGUGACAAUUACAUUGCUGUCUCAGACCGUAGCCCGGGAUUGAUCAGAGCUAUUAAGAUAGAGUUGCCUAAGAUGGAGCAUCGGAAGUGUGUAAGACACAUCUACGGGAAUUUGAAGAAGAAACAUGGCAACAAAAAACAGAUGAAGUCUUACAUAUGGAGUGUAGCAUGGAGCUACAAUGAAGCAAAGUAUCAGCAAAACUUGGACAGGUUAAGUUGCUACGAUACAGGUGUGUAUACAGAUGUUAUGGCUACAAAUCCGAAGAGUUGGUGCCGAGCUUUCUUCAAGCUGGGAAAUUACUGUGAAGAUGUGGAGAACAACUCGACAGAGUCCUUUAACAGCUCCAUCAACAAGGCAAGAGAGAAGCCAUUUGUGCAUAUGCUCGAAACAAUAGCAAGACUUGCUAUGGUACGUAUAGCCACAAGAUCCAGAGAAUCUCAUGAACACCAAGGAAAAUGUACACCAUAUGUGCAGAGAGUUCUCGCUAAGGCUCUUGUUGAUAAGCCCUUUAAAGACGGAGCCAACAAAUGUGUUGUUAGAAGAAGCGUUAAAGGCUACUUUGACUCAAGAUUGAAUGGCCAAACUCAUCGUGUCAAUUUGGAGAAAAGAACUUGUUCGUGCAGGAAGUUCGACAUCACUGGAAUUCCAUGUAAGCAUGCAUAUGGUGUGAUGCUGAAGUUAAAGGUUGAUCCGUCAGACUAUGUUUGUGAGUGGUUUCGCACGGCUAAGUGGAGAAGAAACUACACAGAUGGAAUUGUUCCAGUCAGGGGUUCUAUGUUUUGGCCCAAAACAGAUGCUCCUGAUGUACAUGCUCCACCUGUAGAGGAUGAACAAGGGGAAGAAACAGAGGGAGAACGAGGGAAAGAAACAGGGAAGAAGAAGAAGAAGCUCACCAAAGCGGAUAAGACAAGGAAAAGAGGUGUGAAUGAGUCACCAACCAAGAAGCUACCAAAAGCCAAGAAAAGGAUUAUGCAUUGUGGCGUUUGUGGUAAGGCUAAUCACAACUCGAGGUGGCAUGCAAAGCAGGGCAAGCAUGAUGAUUCGGUACCGGUAAGCACAUCUCAAACUGCAGGUGAAUCCUCACAAGGAACUCUCACUCAAGCUAGUGUUUCUCAAGCUUGAAUGAUUUGAUAUGUAAUGGCAUCUAUUAUCUUUUGUUUUGAACUUAAUUUUCGACAGCUAUGUAAUGACAUAUAUCUUUGGUUUUGAACUUAAUGGUCUUGGAUCCAUGUAAUGUAAUGACAUUUAUCUA